AUGUCGUCUAAAGAUAAAACGAAAAUCGAUGCCGAAAGCAAAUGGAAAUCAAACAAUGGAGGAAAGUUGGCACAACAUUUGAGUGAAGCCGGUGAAAAAGUCAUUGGGACUGUUAAGCAUGGAAUAGAUACUAUUCUUCAUUCCUCACCCGCAUCUAAAGAAGGCUCUACCACUAAUCGUAAUAAUCCGAGUAGUUUGUCCAAUACUACUCGUGAACUUACGGAGACCGAGCAA